GCCCUUUGCCCCUUUGCCUCUCCCUCUCAUCUUGUCUUUUCUUUUCUGGAUCCCCAGCUACUCACCGUCUUGCGAACAACUAACCGUACGGUACGAAGCAUAUCCCGUUCAUAUUACGUUCAUGCCCCUCCGUGCUUGAUACUCCUUCCUUGCCGCCAACAAAGUCCCUGUCAAUUCAUUUCCCACCAAGCAAAACUGCCAAUCCCUCCAUACAUCCAUACAGCCACCCGUUUCUACGCUUAUACGUUCAUACGUUCAUACGUUCAUACAUCCAUACAGCCAUACAUCCAUACAGCCAUACAUCCAUACAUCCAUACAGCCAUACAUCCAUACCUUCACACAUCCAUACAUCCAUCCAAUCUAAUCCGCAUCCACAUCUACCACCCAUUCUUCCCCUCCCCCAGCAUUUCCACCAUCUUUCUGGAUUUAGUUAACCGAAUGACCAUCCCAUACCGUCAUAAUAAAUCUCCACUAACCUCUUUCUGACCUUGAUAGCCUACUUCCACUUAUUUAGAAUAUCUAUCGCAUAUCUCUCCAAAUUAUUUCUCCCCCGACUUUCUUCUAUACCUGCCCAUCUACACACAUUAACUCGACAACUCUUGUAGAAGUCUUGUUUAUAGUGGUUUGUGCGAACAUUCAAGACGUCUUUGUCUUAUACAUCAAAAUACAACCCUCUUGUAAAGAAAUAAACAAUGGCUUCCCAACCAGAAGAUGUUUAUGCAACUCUUCUUUUGACCGACACCUACCUUCCAGGUGCUCUGGUAUUGGCACAUUCUCUACGAGAUGCUGGUACUACCAAGAAAAUCGCCGUGCUUGUCACGGUUGAUUCGGUGACCUCUGAGAGUAUGACUGAACUUCAGAGAAACUUCGACUAUGUCAUUCCCGUCGAUCGAGUUGUCAACCAAUUACCAGCCAACCUUGACCUCAUGGGCCGCCCUGAUCUUCACUCGACUUUUACCAAAAUUACAUUAUGGAAACAAACACAAUUCCGCAGAAUAGUUUACAUGGAUGCCGAUAUGGUUGCUCUUCGUGCACCAGACGAGUUGUUUGCUCUACCAAAUCCAUUUUCCGCCGCACCAGAUAUCGGAUGGCCCGACAUCUUCAACACAGGUCUUAUGGUUUUAGAUCCCAACAUGGGCGACUACUAUGCUUUGGAGGCCAUGGCAAACAGAGGAAUUUCUUUUGAUGGAGCUGAUCAAGGUUUACUUAACAUGCAUUUCAAGAAUACUUACAACCGUCUAAGCUUUACUUACAACGUCACCCCAUCCGCCCAUUACCAAUAUCUCCCAGCAUUCCAACAUUUCCAAUCUAGCAUUAGUGCCGCCCACUUUAUCGGAACGGAUAAGCCAUGGAAAGUUGGAAGACAAGCCAGUGUUGGAGCCACUCCUUACCACCAGAUGACCGGAAGAUGGUGGGCAGUUUAUGAUAAACAUUACAAGCAGACGUCGGCGACCGGAACUUCCAACGGAGCGGCACCCCUUAUUGUACAAUACCUUGUUUUUGGAGAAUUCCAGCCCCAGACCCAGGAGGACCAUUCCCAAGGAGCCCAUUGUGAGAAAUUUCUACAUUUUAAUGCAAUUAAUGAUACUACUACUACAGCAGAGGAACCAUACCAUGAUCAUGCAGAAACAAACUUGGAAAACAAAGAAGCUUAUGAUCCCCCAGUACAGGCGAAAUUGGACCAAACUCGGAACAUCUCAUAUUCACCAUGGGAUGCCAGCAAAGCACCACCACCACAAAAUUCGAGACCAGAAGCCUCGAACCUCCCCGAUAACCAUUAUGCGAUGUCCAACGAUGCUACCCCAUUCCGAGCACCAAGCCGCUACCCAGACCCCCCAAGUGACAUGUACUACGAAGUACCAAAGGCUCCAAAAUGGCAAAGACCAACACCAAUAUUCCCAUGGGAAGCUAACCCACCAGUACCCUCAAGAGUAUUCCCUGAAGAUGAUUAUGAUGACACAGCAGUACCAGAAACCCCCGUUGCCGGUUCGGUAGUCGCAACUACCGAGGAUGAAAGAAGCAUGCCCGCCACUCCUACCACUCCAACCAUGUCGAGUGUCAACGAUCCAUGGCAAGCUUAUGCUAGGGCAAAUGCGUGGGAUGAAGUUCCAGAAAUUGAGCGAUACAUUGGAAACAUGUCAAAGAAUCGCAAAGGCAACAUCCAAGUUCUUCAAGGAUACGGCACAGAGCUUGAACGGCCUAGUUUACCAGUAACACCCGCACCAGUUAGAACGCAACCUACUUUCUGGGGUGAAGAGAGAGAAGAAGAUAGCACAUUACCUCCCGCGGAAGGUGUUCCUGCACAACAAGAUUGGGACCCAGCAGCUCAACUUGAUAUGCUUGCUAGGCGUCAAUCAGAUGUUCUAGCCAACAAGUUGGAAAUUCCAACGCGCGAGAUGCCCUCGAGACCACUCCCCUUCGGAUCCGAACCAGUUAACCAAGGAGCUAUCAUUGAGGAACCUUCUUACCAUGGACCAGGAGCAGCUUGGGAGAAGGACGAUAAUUAUGCCACUAAAGAGACUCCUUUACUCCCAAGUGAAGCAGAGAAAGAUGUUUUGGAGACUUAGAGAAAGGACCAGGCCCUAAUAAAAAUUUGCACGUUUAUAUAUCCAUGUAUAUUGACUUUUACAUGUUUCUCCAGCAUGCGUUUUUGCCUUUUACUUUGCUGUGUCUGAUUUUUGAUCCCUGAUUGAGCAUUUAUGGAAUGAGCAUGGUGCUAGUGGUAUAUUUGAUUCAUGAUUGCCUUUUGCCAUUUGCCAUUUGCCAUUUAAGCUUUGAUUUGCAUUUACGUGUAAAUAGAAUUCCCGCGAGGAGUAUAUAUCUUAUCCCUUGAUUUUUUGAUGUUUUAGGAGCUAAUGACUGGGAAUUUGCCAGGAGGAAAGAAGGGAAUUUUAGGGAGGCGAGACAAGGGAACGAUGUUUAAAAGUUUGCUUGUGCGCUUGUGCUUGUGUAUUAUGGUGGCUGUGGUUGAUGGGACGAGAUUGGUACACCAGAGCUGACUAGUUUGACGAGUAUAUUUGUGGAUGGAUGGAUUGGUGAAUUGGGGCGAAUGGCUAAAUGUAAGGGAGGAGAUUUUAAUUAUGGAGCAGAUGUAAUUAUAAAGUGAAUUGUAAUGAUGAAGGGGUAUCGAAGACUGAAGGAGAAUGUGAAUGCGAAUGCAGAUGUGAAUGAGAAUGUCUGGUCUAGGCUAGAUGAUAGUCUAGAUCA